AUGUCGACCCUCCUAUCCCAACCACUGCCUAUCACCCUCACCCCCCUGAUGGUGGGGUACGCGGCCGUGGCCAUGCUGGUCCUCGGCCCCAUCGCCCUCUACCUGUACCUGUACCCGUAUACGGCGUUUACGCUUCCGUUCAAGAACCUGCGUGGGCCGGACCCGGCGUCGGGCUUCUUCGGCUCGUUGUUCACGGUGGGAUCGAAACCGAUUGGGCGGCGAUACAUGUCUCUCACAAAGGAAUAUGACGCAUCGACUGUUCGGUUCAGGGGGUUGAUUGGGCGGUGGAGGAUUGCGUCGACGGACAUUACGGCCAUCUCACAUGUGUUGAGGCAUACGGGACAGUGGCAUCGCAAUGAGGGGUUCAAUGGCCUUAUUGCAAGGGUGACGGGGUUCAAUGUCCUCUGUGUUGAGGAUGAGGCGCAUCGCCGUCAACGAAGGAUUCUCAAUUCGGCUUUCAAUGGCACAAGCGUUAAUGCCAUGAUGCCCAUGUUCUGGGAGGAGGCUUAUGACCUCAAGGCCAACGUCAACAAGAUGCUCAAGGGCGACGGCGACGACACCGAGAUCGACAUGCUCCAGGUAUACAUCCGCACUGCGAUGGACAUUAUCGGGCGCGCGGGCUUCAACUAUUACUUUGAGAAACACAAGGGCAAGGACGGCGAGAACCCGCUCUCCAAGGCGUUCAACGACAUGAUCAAUGGCAUGUUUGAGAACAAGCGUCUUGUGAUUGUACAGAGCAUCUUCCCACAGGCGCUUGAUAUGCCCACGGCCAAUGCGAAGCGCGUCGCCAAGUCCCGCGCCGUGCUGGACGGCAUCGCACGCGACAUUGUCAACUCGCGCCGUGCCGAGAUUGCGCGCGACAAGAUUUCGCUCGACAAGGACUCGUAUGAGGGCAAGGACGUGAUUUCGCUCUGCCUGCGCGCCAACAUGAGCGCCAGCGAACGUGAUAGAAUGACCGAGGCCGAGAUCGAGGGACAGAUUGGCGCGCUUAUGCUUGCUGGAAACGAAACUAGCGCAACGGCUCUUAGUUGGGCUACACUGCACCUUGUCCAGAACCCCGACAUCCAGGCCAAGUUGCGUGAAGAAGUCAUGAGUGUCCCAGACGACGAGCCGAGUCUCGAAACCCUCAACUCACUUCCUUACCUUGACCGAUGUGUCCGCGAGGUUCUCCGCCUCGACCCCCCUCUCCCGCAAGUAGUCCGUACGGCUGCGGUCGACUGUGUUGUUCCUCUCGGCAAACCCGUCCUUGGUCGUGACGGCAAGCUCAUGUCGGAAAUCCACGUGUCCAAGGGAACAGACUUUAUCGUUCCGAUCAACGACAUGAACCGUGACCCCCGGAUCUGGGGCGACGACGCCGACACCUUCAACCCGGACCGAUACGAUGACGCUUCCAUCCCGCGCACCCAACUUCCGAGCGUGUGGGGUGGUCUUCUGAGCUUUAUUGGUGGCCCGCACCACUGCCUUGGGUUCAGGUUUGCUUUGCUUGAGAUCAAGGCCGUGUUGUUUGUGGUAGUGCGAAACUUUGAGUUUGCGCCGUCGGGAGAAAAGGAGUUUGCACGCUUCUCACCCAGUAUCAUCCAACGUCCAGUUGUGGUGGGACAGGAGAGGAAGGGCAUGCAGUUGCCCGUGAUGGUGCGCGCGCUCUCCGCCGAGUAG